AUGGCCAGUUUAGCUGCCACGCUCGAAAGCGUGCAUUUGGCUGCCGACUCCAGCGAGACAGGAGACUCGGGGUGGGCAGAUUCAAUAUUAGACGAGCAGAGACCACGCAAACGCACCCGAAGAACGAAAGAUGAGAUCAAGCGUGACUUCGAACAGGAGUUUCUUACUCCGUCUGCUUCGUUCAACACGCAUUGGUUGAAUGAGCUGCAGCACAGAUGGGACACCCCGACCGGCUAUACCGACCUUUUUGACAUUGCUCCCACUCAAACACGAACAAUUAUCCGCUUCACAAGAGAAGGACUUGAGGGCCGUGUAACAGGUUACAAGGAGAUCACAGUACCGGCCAGUAGCGCUACAGCAAAGAACUCGACUUCCCUUCUGCGGAAGCCGGCCAACCGAGCGGAGUUUGUCCGUGGAGCCGCUGGCUUCCUCCCCUUCGCACCUGGCGGCCUUGAUGAUGUAGAAGCAAUCGCAGCACUCGAGGACCAGGCGCUGCAGCGGCAGGAGAAUGAGCGGCGAAAGGAAAGGCGGCUUGACCGGAUCAUCAACUUCGGGGUUGAAGGCGGCCUGCUUGAGAUUCCUCCCGGAUUCUCGAGAGGUUUGAACGGGCAGAAAAAGCCAGCAGUGGAUGAUCAGAGUGCGGAUGAGGUCGAACAGACGCUCGAAGAGCAGCCUGAACCCGUUUCGGUAGCGAACGGUGCUUCCAAGCCAGAAGUCAAUGGUGAACGAGAGACCUCAGACGCUGAGGGCGAAGGUGACGCGGAUGAGGGCAUCGAUUCCCUAUUACCCGUUGAGUUUCCAGCAUUGGCCCCUCGAGGACAGCUUACCAUGUCAUCCACGAAACGUAGUGGAAGAGAAUGGGCCCAUAUGGUUGACGUCAACCGCGACAUACCAAACUUCAGGGAGCUUGUGCCGGACAUGGCGAGAGAGUGGCCAUUUGAACUCGAUACAUUUCAGAAAGAAGCGGUCUAUCAUUUGGAGAACGGAGAUUCUGUCUUUGUCGCAGCUCAUACCUCUGCUGGCAAAACAGUCGUUGCGGAAUACGCGAUUGCUCUAGCUGCAAAGCAUAUGACGAAGGCUAUCUACACAUCUCCUAUCAAGGCGCUCAGCAACCAGAAGUUCCGUGACUUCCGCAACGUGUUUGAUGAUGUAGGUAUCCUGACCGGCGAUGUACAGAUUCGGCCAGAGGCGAGCUGCUUGAUCAUGACUACCGAGAUCCUGCGGAGCAUGCUAUAUCGUGGGGCAGACUUGAUCCGGGAUGUCGAGUUUGUCAUCUUUGAUGAAGUGCACUACGUGAACGAUCUCGAGCGUGGUGUGGUCUGGGAAGAGGUGAUUAUCAUGCUACCGGAGCAUGUCACAUUGAUAUUACUUUCCGCAACGGUACCGAACACGUACGAAUUCGCUUCGUGGGUGGGAAGAACCAAGAAGAAGAACAUAUACGUCAUCUCAACCCCGAAACGUCCAGUACCUUUGGAACACUACCUCUGGGCCAACAAAGCUAUGUACAAGAUAGUUAACGCCGAUAAGCAAUUCAUUGAGAAAGGCUGGAAGGAUGCCAACGAUGCGUUGACCGGCAGAGACAAGAUUGAAGCCGUGAAGGCCAAGGAAGAGGCUGCGGCCGCCGCUCGAGCUAGCGCACAGAAGGACCAUGUUCGGGCUCAAGGCAACCCACAGCGUGGUGGUCAACAGCGAGGUGGUGCUCAACGCGGCGGGACUCAACGAGGCGGUGCGCAACAGCGUGGCAGAGGCCAGCCUGCUCAGCGCGGGCAUGGUAACAUUGCUCGAACAGGCAGAGGCGGCGGUCGAACAACAGCGGCUCAAGAUCGAAACGUGUGGGUGCAAGUUAUCCAGCACCUCCGCAAGGAGGAGCUCCUGCCUGCGUGCAUCUUCGUCUUCUCCAAGCGGCGUUGUGAGGAGAAUGCUGAGGCGCUCUCCAACCUCGACUAUUGCACAGCCGCUGAAAAGAGCGCCAUUCACAUGGUCAUCGAAAAGUCGGUGGCCCGGUUGAAGCCAGAGGACCGGGACCUCCCUCAGAUUCGACGGCUGAGAGAGCUGCUCAGUCGGGGAAUAGCCGUCCAUCAUGGCGGCAUGCUCCCGAUUGUCAAGGAAGUGGUCGAGAUUCUGUUCGCAAGGACAUUGGUUAAAGUCCUUUUCGCCACGGAGACAUUCGCUAUGGGUCUGAAUCUGCCAACAAGAACCGUAGUCUUCUCUGGUUACCGUAAGCAUGACGGACGCCAGUUCCGCGAUCUACUUCCGGGCGAGUAUACUCAGAUGGCAGGGCGGGCGGGCCGGAGAGGUCUCGAUCCUGUUGGUAGCGUCAUCAUCGUCGCGCCGGGUGCUGAAGAAGCUCCGCCGGCAGGCACGUUGAGGCAGAUGAUUCUUGGAGAUCCUACCAAACUGCGCUCUCAGUUCAGGUUGACCUACAACAUGAUCCUCAACUUACUGCGUGUAGAGGCCUUGAAGAUAGAGGAGAUGAUCAAGCGGAGCUUCAGUGAAAACGCAACGCAGGCUCUGCUACCACAACAUGAGAAGGCUGUGAAGCUUUCCAAGGCCGAUCUCGCGAAGAUCAAGAGGGAGCCUUGCAACAUCUGCGACGUUGACCUUGAGAGAUGCCACGAAGUUUGUAUGGACUUCCGAAGGCUUACCAGUGAUCUACACCUAACAGUCCUCAACUCUCCAGUAGGCCGCCGCAUGUUUGCCCCUAGAAGGUUGGUGAUCUUCAAGAAUAAGGACGGCAUCCGAACGGUAGGCGUGCUGCUCCGAGAAGGCGUUACCAAGGGGUGGGAGCCGACAGUAUCUGUUGCGGAACUAAUUCCAACAACGAAGCGACAACCUAGCGAUCUCCUGCCAUACUUGGGCGAUUUCGUGAGAUUCUUCAGCCGGUUACCGACGAAGCUUGCCGAAAUGAAAUUCACAAUAGCCACUGUUCCUCUCGGUGAUCUGGAGUGUGUCACAAAGACAACGACUAAGACGAACCUUGUAGAUGCAGCUUUGAGCAAGGACCCGGAACAGCAGAAACUGGCGCAAGAGGAAUUGAUUCCUCUUUGCACAUCGUGGACGAACCCUGAAUGGGAGGAGCUGGAUUGGACCAAGAUUAAAGACCUUUCGUUCCGGAACAUCCUCGAUGAGCGGAGGAGAGUAGCGGAGGCUGCCCAGAACAGAGUGUGCAUCCAGUGUCCGAAGUUCACUCAGCACUUCGCGAUGCAACACGAUGAGUGGUUGAUUAAAGAAAACAUAGCACAACUGAGGCAGCUCAUGUCCGACCAGAAUCUACGGCUCUUGCCAGACUAUGAGCAGCGCAUAUCUGUUUUGAAGGACCUGGAGUUUAUCGAUGACAACUCGCGGGUAGAGCUAAAAGGGAAAGUCGCCUGCGAGAUCCACUCCGCAGACGAACUUGUCCUUACGGAGCUUGUGCUGGAGAACGUGCUAGCAGAGUACGAGCCGGAAGAGAUCGUAGCCCUCUUGUCAGCUUUCGUCUUUCAGGAAAAAACAGACGUCAUCCCGACGUUGACACCGGCACUUGAGAAGGGCAAAGCCAAGAUUAUCGAGAUUUCCGAGAAGGUCAACCACAUACAGACUCAGUAUCAAGUCAUCCUCUCAGCAGACGAUUCGAAUGACUUCGUCAGCCGGCCACGCUUCGGCAUGGUCGAAGUCGUCUAUGAAUGGGCAAAGGGCAUGUCCUUCAACCGCAUUACGGACUUGACGGAUGUGAUGGAAGGAACGAUCGUAAGGAUCAUUACGCGCUUGGACGAAACCUGUAGAGAGGUGAAGAACGCGGCGAGGAUCAUUGGUGAUCCCACUCUCUUCACUAAGAUGCAGACGUGCCAGGAGAUGAUUAAACGAGAUAUCACGGCGACAGCGAGCCUGUAUAUGUAG